AUGUCAAUCAUAAAGUCAAUCACGACACCAAAAUCAUGGUUCCCAUCAAGGGCAUCAAAAGCAUCAAAAGCAUCAAAGACAUCAAAACCAUCAGAAACACCAGAGACAUCAGAACAACCAACGCCAUCUCCCUGGAAAUUCCAUCAAUUCACCCUCCUUCCCCUCGAACUCCAACGCAAGAUCUGGCGUUCCCUGUUCCCCUCCUCCCGAACCGUCCCCCUCUCCUUCAACAUCACUCCCCUCCAAGCUCACUCCACCCCACCCCCCAUCACCCUCUCUAUCUGUUCUGAAUCACGUUCCGAGACACUCUUAUACUAUACUCUCCUUUACCGUUCGGAAUUUCCAGGAUCCCGUGGGAAACUUGGUGGCAAUUGCGGGUUUCUCCUCAGUAAAUACAUGAGACAGCCUAUUUGUGUAAAUCCGCUCAUGGACACCAUUUCCUUCUUCGCCGGGGAUCUAUGCGGCGAGAACCUCAAAGGCCGAAAACGCUUCGUCGAGUGGAUGGCAUUUUUGAAUUCGGUGGAUAGGAGGAUUUUGGAGCGUGUCACUACGGUGGAGUUGGAGGGCCUGGAUUGGGAAAAUACGAUGUAUGUACAUCUGAAGUUCCAGGAAGGAUUGAGAUGUAAGGAAGUGGUGGAGGAGUAUGAGGGGCAGGGAGGAGCGGAGAGCUGGGAGCAAUUGAAUUAUGGGGGUUUGUUGACACUGGAGGGAUUGCGGGAAAUUAGGUGUAGGUAUUCUCAUUCGGAAUAUAUGGGGAAUUUCGAGGGACAGUUAAAGGUUUUCUUGGGAUUUCAUAAACAGGUUUGGGGUGCGAAGAUUCCCCUUGUGAAGAGGGUGUCUUGA